AUGUACCUCACCACCGCCCUCCUCACAACCACCCUCCUCACCACCCUCACCUCGGCAACCAUCAUCCUGGGCCACGCCAACUACAACGACGGCCACAAAGAUACGGCGGUAUGGAUCCAAGGCCAAGACGCCUGCGCCUACACGUACAUGGGCCACGACAGCCCCUGCGCCUACAACGGCGGCAACUUUGUCGCUUCAAACACGUUCCACUACCGCAUCGUCAACUGCGACAAUGGGCAGCCGUUUACGCUGCAGAAUGAGGAUGGCUCGAAGAAUGCAGAGGCUGUGCUUAAUCCGAUUGAUGACUUGGUGCAUUGUCCUGGGGGCUAUACGAUGGGGCAGACUUGGGUUUUUUAG